AUGCGCGGCGGCAAACAAUUCAUCACUCUGCCCGCUGGCUACUUAGGGUCCUCAUUGAUCGGCGCUUUACUUACUUUCUGCGGCUUCAACAUCGUGGCCUCUAAAGUAGCGAGUAUAGUGCUAGGCGUGUGUUUCUUGCUAACACUGUGGUGGGCGAGAAAAGACUGGUUGACGAUUGUAACAAUUCUACUUAGUGUAGGAUUACUUGUGGCGUUUUGGUUCAUCGAACAUGGCGAGGCCUUGAGGUUCAUGGUCCUCUUCAUCGGCGUCAUGUCCUCUCUGUACAGCGUCUGGGAUAUCUGUGAUGACCUUAUCCUCCGCAAGGUCAACUCGUCUGAUGCUAGUGUCUUCGCCAAGCGGUAUGGCGGUUCGUCGCAAUGCUGGGGCGUUAUCUGGUCGCUUGUUUCGCUAAUGUUCAUGGUUUGCGGAAUCCUCGCGGGGUUGGCAGCCUUCAAACAGAGUUUCGAACAGCAAGAGAAGGAUAGUCAAGAUUUUAUUCCUACGGUGCGGAUGAUGAUGAGGGUGUAA